GGGAAGGAAAGGGGAUGCGCGGAAGACUAGAUGACAUAAAGACUUCAGAAUCAUUGCCAAUUAAGGAGUAAAUGCAGUCGUGAAUCUAAGAUUUUUCUUGUUUUCAAGUGUUUUCAAGAAGAAAAAACCUUUUCUGAUAAACCUAAUCAUGGAUGGACUCUUGCAUUAUAUAAAUCCUGCACAUGCUAUUUCUCUUUUAAGUGCUUUAAAUGAGCAACGUCUGAAAGGACAACUUUGUGAUGUUGUUCUCAUAGUAGGAGAUCAAAAAUUUCGAGCUCAUAAAAAUGUUCUAGCUGCCAGCAGUGAAUACUUCCAAUCUCUAUUCACUAAGAAAGAAAAUGAGUCUCAGACAGUAUUUCAACUUGAUUUCUGUGAACCAGAUACCUUUGACAAUGUAUUAAACUACAUUUAUUCAUCAUCUUUGUUUGUUGAGAAAAGCAGUCUGGCUGGUGUGCAAGAAGUAGGCUACAGUCUUGGAAUUUCCUUUCUUACUAACAUUGUAUCUAGAAGUCCUCAAGUUCCUUUGCCCACAUGUCCGAUCAAGAAAGUACUAUUCCAAGAAGAUGAUGAAAGUGGCUCCCAGAAAAGAAGUGUCAUUGUUUGUCAGAGCAAAAAUGAAACACAGGGGGAAAAUGUUGGUCAAACCUUCCACGAUAUAAGCCAUAGUUCUAAUUUUUUGUCAUCGGUUGCUAUCAAAACUAAGUGGUCACAGCAGUCAACAGAAUUCCAACAUAGCCAAUCAUUAAAUGAAAAGAGAUGGUUGAAAGAUAGUUCUUUAAGAUACUCAAAGUCCCAUGAAUCUUCAGUUACAAUGGAUGAUCAAAAUAGAAUGAAAAGAAAUGCAAUAUCAUCACAGAAGUCUUUUGUAGAGAAAGAACUGGCAGCGGAUGAACUAGGAGAAAGUGAUCAACUAUUAAGAGGAAAGGCAGAGGAAAUAUCCUUGAAACAGGUUUGUCCACCCAUUGAAUCUAUAUGCAGUUCAUCAGAAUCCACAUUUUUGCUGAAUGAAAGAGACAAAGGAACUAGUCCAGGUGAAGACAGGAAUUUACUAUACUAUUCAAAAUUAGGAUUAGUAAUCCCGUCUAGGAUAGCUGAUCCUGAAGGCCAAAGUACCGACAGGAGUGGACCACUUGUAAAAAGUCUUCUUCGAAGGUCAUUGUCAAUGGAUAGUCAAGUUCCUAUAUCUUCACCUUCUAUUGAUUUAAAGCUUUCUCACAGGUCUUUAGUAGGGAACAAUGCACAAGGAAUAAUGUUGAAUGUAAUAUCACAAAAGCCACCCAUGAAAGAUUCUUCAGAAAUAGCAGCUUCUGAUGAUAAGACACAGAUAAUGCAUCCACAUCGUCUUAGAUCCUUCAGUGCUUCUCAAUCAACAGACAGGGACGUGAAUUCUCAAGAAUUACAGAUUAAAACUGAACCUAGCAGUCCACUUUCAGAUCCUUCUGAAAUUAUAAGAAUCACAGUGGGAGAUACUUUAUCAUCUGUCAACAAAAGUGACUCCUUUAAGACUGAAGAUGACCACAGGGAACUCAACUCUUUUAAAGCAGAGGAUGACCACAGUGAGCUCAAUAGACUUCCAGCUAAAAGACGAUUUCAAGCAGACAGAAGGCUACCACUCAAAAAAAUGAAGGUAGAUCAACAUGUUUCCCCUGAGCCAGAGGACAAUUUUGAAGAGAAUUUGAAUCCUAUACCCUUUGUUGAUUUCCCAGAUUCUGAUGUUAGCAGAGAUGAAAGUGGUGAACUGGAAGAAACAAAGCCUAACAAAAAAUUUAAGUGCAAACACUGUCUUAAGAUUUUCAGGUCAACAGCAGGCCUACAUCGUCAUGUCAAUAUGUACCAUAAUCCAGAGAAACCAUAUGCUUGUGAUAUUUGCCAUAAGAGAUUUCACACAAACUUCAAAGUUUGGACCCACUGCCAGACACAACAUGGAAUUGUAAAGAACCCCUCACCUGCUUCUAGUUCACAUGCUGUCUUAGAUGAAAAAUUCCAGAGGAAAUUAAUUGAUAUUGUAAGAGAGCGGGAAAUUAAAAAGGCUUUGAUUGUUAAAUUAAGACGUGGAAAACCAGGGUUUCAGGGACAAGUUAGUUCACAAGCUCAACACGUAAUCAAAAGGAAUCUGAGGUCAAGAAAUAGAGGAGCUUACAUUUGUACCUACUGUGGGAAAGCAUAUCGCUUCCUGUCACAGUUUAAACAGCAUAUAAAAAUGCAUCCAGGAGAAAAACUGGUUGGAGGAAAUAAAACUCUUAUUAAACCAAAAGAAGAUAGUCGCAAUGAAAACCCAGUGGAAAACAAAAAAGUGUACCAGUGUCGUAUUUGUAAUGCUAAACUUUCUUCUCUUACUGAACAAGGAAAUCAUGAGCGGCUAUGCCGGAAAGCCACAGUUUGUGCUUACUGCAGUCUUCUGUUUUCUUCUCCCGAACUGAAGUUUGAACAUGAAGUCACAUGUGAAUACAAGAAGCUCACUUGCUUGGAGUGUAUGCGAACUUUUAAAUCCUCCUUCAGUAUUUGGCGUCAUCAAGUUGAAGUGCACAAUCAGAAUACUAUGGCUCCAACAGAGAAUUUUUCUUUACCAGUUCUGGAGCACAAUGGUGAAGUAAGUAAUGCUUCGAGACCACAUUAUCAAGCAGAGCCUAACAAAAUCAGCAGCUUUGUUGCAGCUAAAGAAGACGGUGUAUUUAGUGAUUCCUCAGAGCAAAUCAAUUUUGAUUCAGAAGAUUCCUCGUGCCUCCCCGAGGAUCUUAGUGUUUCCAAGCAGCUGAAAGUUCAGAUCAAAGAAGAACCUGUGGAUGAUGUAGAAGAGGAGAUCUCUGAAAGCAACCGGGAACCAAAGGAAAGCAUUGCUAAUAAGGAGACUGGAUUGUGGCCCUGUGAAAAGUGUGGAAAAAUUUUCACCGUACACAAGCAGCUAGAGCGUCACCAGGAGCUUUUAUGCUCAGUGAAACCCUUUAUUUGCCAUGUGUGUAAUAAGGCUUUCCGAACCAAUUUUCGCCUGUGGAGUCAUUUCCAGUCCCAUAUGGCACAAGCUUCGGAAGAGCCUUUGCGAAAAGAAUCUGAGGUGUGCUCUUCUGCUAAUUCUCCUUCCCCACCACCUUUGCCUCCGCCCCCUCCGCUUCCCAAAAUACAGCCUUUGGAACCGGAUAGUCCUACAAGCCUGUCAGAAACCCCUUCAGGUAGUGAGAAAUUAUUUGUUCCACAGAAGUCUGACACACUUUUUUAUCAUGCUCCACCACUGUCAGCUAUCACAUUCAAAAGACAGUAUAUGUGCAAACUUUGCCAUAGGACAUUCAAAACUGCAUUUAGUCUUUGGAGCCAUGAACAGACACACAAUUAAAGAAAACUUUUAAAAGAGUGCCUAUAGAAAGUUUCAAAUAUCUGUUUAAUUUCUGUGAUGUUUCUGAAAUUGUAUCACUGAAAGUAGAUUUAUGUGUGUAGAUUUAUAUAUAUAUAUACACACACACACAUGCAAAGGGUAAAAAAACUUCUCAAAAUUAAACUUGAAAUUUGUGAUGCUGUGUUUUGGAUAUAGAAAUGAAAGUAAACUAAAUUGAUCCUUACUAGAGAAAAUUGUGCAAACUUUUUGAUAUUGUGAUUUCAGAUUUCCUAGUUCUAGAAUAAUUGCAUUCAUUAAACCUGAGUAUAUAUUUCUCACAAUGUUAUACUGGUAAACAUGGAUACAUGUAAAAAGAAUCAAUGACUUAAGUAUUUAGAGUACAGGAAAAUUUCAUACUACUUGUUUUUACAGAGAAUAACUCAUGAGCUCCAUAUAUUAGUCAUAAGGGAAGAAGCGGAUUGAGUGCUUUGCUGUGUUGGCCGUGAUCCUGUUGAACAUUAGCAAUAAUGAAUAAAAAAACCUCAAUUGAAUUAACUUGACCCUUAUUGAAAAGGUUGCUUAUCUUGGAAUAAUUUCAUUAUUGGAAUUUUCUGAAUUGAUAUUGCAUAAGAUGCAAUCAAAGAUUAGCAAUAUAUGAGCAUUUGG